UCUUUUAUUAUAGACUCGUACAUUUUUUCUGCUUUCUAAUAUUGUUCCUGUAAAUGGUGUUUCUGUUAGCUUGAUUAGUGGGAAGAGGAUAUAAAGGCGGUAAAGUAGACAGUUAGUGUAUCUAUUCUUUUAUAUCGUCUGUAGUUUAUCUACUAGUUUGAGCGUUUUGCCACUACAUACAUAAUAAAUAUUGCUAAAACCAGAUUUGAGCGAGUUAUCUUUGUCAGUAUUUGCCAAUGAUAAGCAGUUACCAUGGACCUACGAAUGUAUGAACGGAGCGUUAGGUUGAGAGAGGGGUGAGAUUCGCGAUAAGGAAGACUAUAUGCAUUUCGGUGUUGCGAAUGAUUCCAAGUCAAACCGAACUUAGGUGCAUGGUUCCGAGUGAUUCCGAAUCAAACCGAAUACAGUCGAAACGCAUGUAGUCCCCUUUGUCCAAAGUCAUGGUACUCUAUGGCUCCACUGUAAUGUUAGUAAAUAAUAUUUAUUACAUUUGUACGGAACGGUACGGAAGCAAGAGUAUAAUAUGAACAAUUAAAAAGUUUAUUUGUGUAUCUGUAUGAAAAAAAACAAAAUUAGCAAUAAACUAUUAAAUAAAUAAUCAAAAAGUGACUUUAAUGCUAUACAUACCGAAAACCUAUGACAAUGAAACGAAUUUUAAGGUUAUGACGUAAAAUACUUAAAAACAUAUUCUUCCGUUGAAAUGAGUUCGAAAUCCGAAUAUAAUAAGUUUAAAUAUAAGUAUGAGCACAAGAAACAUAGAAAAAGUAAUUACUCUAAUGAGUCAACAUCGUCCAAAAUACAUACAAUUGAUUCUAGAGAAAAACGUCUCCAUCAAGAAAUUGAUAUUAACUCAGAGAAGGAUAAUGAAAACUUUUGUUUUAGUAAGUACAAAUACGAGUGUAAUAAAGUAUUUUCAAAAAAUUUGAAUGUAGUACAAGAUACAGAAGAUUUUUGGAAAUUUGUUAAUAAAUAUGAAGCUCUACAAAAAAAACUUACUACACCUGAUACAUCCCCUAAUUUUGCUUUAAAUGAAUUUGGUAUACCAGAAGUAUACCAUAGGCUGCAUUGCAUUAAUUUUAAAUUAAGUCUCAGCUUCAAUGAAUUAUUUGCAUGGAUUCCACCUACUGAAGCAUUAUCGAAAGAGAGAUUAUUAAAAUUUCAAAGUAUUAUUAUUUUAUAUUUGGAUUUCAAACAAAAGGAAAAAUACACAAAAUUAAAAAAACUUCGAGAAACCCAAGCAAAUUUACCUGUUAGUCAGUAUAAAAAUGAGAUUAUUGAAGCAAUAAAAAAUGAACGAGUAGUUAUCAUAGCUGGUGAUACUGGCUGUGGUAAAUCUACACAAGUACCCCAAUAUUUAUAUGCAACUAAUUAUCAAAAAAUUGCAUGUACUCAACCCAGAAGAAUAGCAUGUAUAUCUUUAGCUAAACGUGUUGCUUUUGAAACAUUAACAGAGAAUCGUAAUGAUGUUGGUUAUCAAAUUCGUUUUGAGAAACAAAGAAAUCAAGAUACCAGAAUUACUUUUAUAACAGAAGGUCUUCUCCUAAGACAGUUAUCUGGCGAAUCUGAAUCAUUACCUUAUGAAGUUGUUGUUUUGGAUGAAGUACAUGAGCGUCAUUUACAUGGUGAUUUUCUCCUUGGCAUUAUGAAAUGUAUUAUCAAUCAAAAUCAUAAUGUAAAAUUGGUGCUUAUGUCUGCUACAAUUAAUAUUGAACUAUUUAGCAACUACUUUGCAAAAGAAGAUGUUAGAGUAAUACAAGUUCCUGGGAGAUUGUAUCCAAUACAGCUAAUAUAUAGACCUGUUUGCAUAGAAGAUAUCAGAUAUAAAAAUGAUAGAUUCAAUCCAAGUCCUUAUAUACAAAUAAUGCAACUAAUUGACCAAAAAUAUGGAGUAAAUGAAAAGGGUGAUUUAUUAAUAUUUCUAAGUGGAAUGAGUGAAAUUACUGCAGUUGUAGAUGCUGCAAAAGAAUACAGCCAGAAAAAAAAUAAUUGGAUCGUUUUACCACUUCAUAGUACUCUAUCUAUUAAUGAACAAGACAAAGUAUUCGAUUUUACUCCCGACGAUGUGAGAAAAUGUAUUGUUUCCACUAAUAUCGCAGAAACCUCAAUUACUAUAGAUGGAAUCAGAUUUGUUGCUGAUAGUGGAAAAGUAAAAGAAAUGAAUUAUGAUCCAUCAUGUAAAAUGCAACGGCUUAAAGAAUUCUGGAUCAGUAAAGCCAGUGCAGAGCAGAGAAAAGGAAGAGCUGGUAGAACAGGACCGGGUAUAUGUUACAGGUUGUAUUCUGAAGAAGAAUAUAUGGCUUUAGAAAAAUAUUCAACACCAGAAUUGCAACGUGUGCCUUUAGAUUCAUUACUUUUACAAAUGAUAGCAAUGGGACUUCCAGAUACAAGAAAAUUUCCAUUUAUAGAACCACCACCAGCUGAAAGCAUAGAAAAUUCUAUUUUGUCUCUGAAAGAGCAUGGUGCACUUACAGAUAAUGAAAAAAUAACAUGUAUUGGAAAAACACUUGCACGUUUACCAGUUGACAUAUCAAUAGGCAAAAUGUUAAUAAUGGGCUCAAUUUUCCAUCAAGUGGAACCAGUAUUGUCAUUAGCUGCUGCUUUAAGUAUACAAACACCAUUUACAAACAGAGCAUAUAGAGAUUCAGAGUGUGAAACAUCUAGGAAAUCAUUGGAAUCUGAUCAUGGUGAUCCGAUAACAUUAUUAAAUGCAUUCAGAGAAUGGCUAGAAGUGAAACAGCAAAGUUCUCAAGAAUCUAGAGGUAGUGGAAGUAGCAGUAGAAAGUGGUGUAGAAGAAGAGGUUUAGAAGAGCAAAGAUUUUAUGAAAUGACAAAGUUAAGAACACAAUUUAAAGAACUACUUCAGGAUUGCAAUUUAUUAAAAAGUCUCCCUGAAGUAAACUCUUCUAUGUCCAGUGCAGAUCGUGCUAUAAGACACGGGGAACUGAAACUUUUGAAAUCGUUGAAAAGAACUUAUAAACAAAGUGCACCUAGAAAGCGAAAACAAUUAAAACUGGAGUCGUUCAAUAUUCGUUUAGAAGAUGAUGAUCAUGACGACGAUGAAGGAAUCGAUAUCAAGGAUAUUGAAUUUCGAAUGAAAAACGAUCCAAGUCAAGUCCAAAAUUUAUUAACCGCAGCCACUGCAUAUAGUUACAAAGAUUUAACAAUGUUGAAAAUAAUAUUAUGCAGUGGUUUGUAUCCACAAUUCGCGUCUGCAGAUGAGUUCAAUUAUUGCAAGUCAAUGAACGAGCAACUAUUUCAUACAAAAGCAAAGCCAUAUAUAGCGUUACAUCCAAUGAGUUUCUUUGGAAAUCAUCCACAAGUAUUACAAUUAGAAGAAACAGAUAUUAUUUCUAUACCAGAAUACAAAAGCAAAACUCCCGUUAGUUCGAAACAUACAAUAUUAGCGUAUUUAUCUCUUUUGGAAACAACAAAACCUUAUUUGGUGAACACGAUUAGAAUGCCUGCCGUACAGACAUUAUUUUUGUUUGCAAAUGAAAUUCACACAAACAGUACAUUUUCAAUUAUUGUAUGUGAUUCAUGGCUAGCAUUAGAAUUUCCAGUACCUGACAGUGGUCAAACUUUACUGUUAAAAGCCACUAAAUUGCGAAAUAAAUGGGAUUUUUUAUUAAAUCAACAAUUGCAAGAUUUAAAUAAUAGUAAUGAAGAUAAGCAAGAUUUUAAUGAAGUCGAAUAUACACUUACUCAAGAAUUGAUUGAAUAUAUGCACACAACAAUUCCUUAUACAAUAAAGCGAUUGUUACCAGCUGAUCUUAAAACCAUGUACGUAGGAAGGGAAGAUAAUGUUAUAGAUAUAGAUCCAAAUCCUUUUCAAUCUGACUUCACAGCAGUUCCUAAUACAGUUAAAGGAGGUGUUCAAGUGUCCAACAUAAUUACGUAUAAUUGUUUAAACGAAACCGAAUGGAGUCGAAAACUUUCUAUAGAGAUGUUAGAAAAUGAAUGGCACUGCCAAAACUGUAACAUGCAAGCAAUUCUUACUAGCAUAGAAAAAUUACAACAUCAAGAGUCUUGUACAAAACAAGACCGGAAGAAUACAAAAGAAAAUUGUAACAACGUAAAACAUAAAUCUAACACACAGAUAUAUGAAUGUCCCUCUUGUGCACAGACAUUAUAUUUAACACCAAUCGAAAUACUUAAACACAAGAAGUCGCAUAUUAAAUAAUUAUUAUGGAAGUAGUGUGUAUUAUACAAUAAUAUAUAUAUAUUUUACAUUUGUAAACAAUUUUAUUAUUACUUAAUAUAUGAUAUAAAUUUCACGUUUAUGUAAAUAACAAUUAUUUUUACAGUCGUGUAUUUAUAUCGGCAAUACACGUCACAAUAAAUUGACUAAAUUUAAACAACAUAAUAUAUAUAUAUACAAAGUAGAUACAUAUAAAUUAUGUCCACGGUAAAAAGUUUGAAAACAUGAAGCAUCCUACAAUUGCAUAUCCUAAAAAGUAAGUUAAUAUGAGUUUAUCCUUCCAAGUAUAUUCUUUUUGCGUGAAAAAAAAUACUUUCCAUUUUGAGUACAUAUUUUCAAUACAUUCACAUCCUCUCUUCUCAUUACAAUGUGAUGCACAACACAUAGUUGAAGCACAAUACCAAUAGAUUAAUGGACUUGCUGAACAUAGUAAACGUGUACUCACUUGAAUAUGCACGAAAAAGAUACAGAAUAUUGUCAUAAAUAAUCCAUGGAAAAUGAACACUAA